GAAACGUUUCUACAUUUGCUGGUGCUACAGCUGUAACUUUGUCACCUCCAGCCUGAUCAAGGCCAGUGAGCAGCUGCAGUGCCCUGCAGGAAACAGGCUCCUUGCUCCAACCCCUCUCCUCCUGCAUCGAAGCUUUGAGCCCUGAGCUGCCUCUUCUGCUCUCCAGGCCAUGGCAGGCCCUGUGACUGUCGCAGCCAGCCUCCUGUUCCUGGGGCUGUGUGCCUACAGCUUUGCCCCUGCAGACUCCGUGACCAUGCCCUCCUCCUGCUGCAUAUACUUCAUUUCCAAGAAAAUUCCCGAGAGCCGAGUGGCAAGCUACCAGCUGUCCAACAGCAGCGUCUGCCCCCAGGCAGGGGUGAUCUUCACCACCAAGAAGGGCCAGAAGUUCUGUGGUGACCCCAAGCAGCUGUGGGUCCAGAAGUACAUGAAGAAAUUGGACGCCAAGCGGAAGAAAGCCUCCGCUGGGAUCAGGGCAAUGGGCACCAGAGCCCCUGUCCGGAGAGGCCCUGCCAACAGCACCUCCAUCUAAACACCGCCCAGCCCCCAGCCCUGACCGGCAGCUGGGGGCCCGGUGAGCCAGCAGUGACGGGCAAAGGGCUAAUGUUCCUAUUUCUUAGCAUUGUUCUCAGGGGAUGUGUCUAGUGUAUUAAAAAAAAAAAAAAAAAAAAACAAGGCAGGGACACUGCUCCUGGGGCAGAGUAAAAUCUCCAAGCACCUGGGGCCUCUUGCCUUCCUGGGCAGGGGGAGAAGCUCCUGGAGGGAGGGCCGUGUUGCCCUCUGCCUCCUCCUGGGCGGGCCCUUCUCUGACUUCUGGGUUCCACCAGAGCCCGAGUGCAUGAGGCCUAACCUGCAGACAGACUCUGCUGUGCCUUCGCCUGCAGCUGGCUUCCAGGGGCCCUCUGGUCUUGCUGCAGGCCCCCCACCCCACCCCCGCCCCGGGCUGCCUGUCUGUCUCUCUGUCUGGUGAUGCGUGACCUCCCAGGAUUGACAGCCCUGGGGAUACUCCUAGCCUGUCCCACUUGCCGCCUCCCGCGUGACUGAAAACUCAACAAAAGGGUGGGGCCCUUGGCUGCCUUCACCGCCAGGUCCUGGCCCUCCAGGCCCACCUCUCGUGGGAGACAAGCAAGCACAGGGACUCACUGGCUGUCGAAAUGAAACGGGCCUGGAGGACCAGGAGGAGGGGCCAGGCCGGGGAGCUGAAUUCCUUUGUGAAGCUGUGGGUUCGAGGAGGCAUUCUGCUUCAUGGCACGGCUCGCUGCCUGCUGCUUUGGGGACAAAGCCCCACUCAGGCUUUCAGGCUGGUCUUUCCCCUCAUUUGGCUGGGGGGAAGAUGGGGAGGGGGUGGAGGGGGGGGAGAGGAUCCCAGUUUUUUUCCCUAUGCAUGAGAUACAUGUGAUUUGUAUGUCAAGUACAGACACACUUGCUGUUCUCAAAUAACCCAAGUAAAGGGUGAUUUCUGCUUUGAA